CUACACUAACCCUAAUUGACGGUAGGAAAAAAGAAAAAGAAAAAGGGAAAGAUGGUGUCGCUGAAGCUGCAAAAGAGGCUCGCCGCGAGUGUUCUCAAGUGCGGCAGAGGGAAGGUUUGGUUAGAUCCAAAUGAAGGAAAUGAAAUCUCCAUGGCUAAUUCUCGCCAGAACAUCCGAAAGCUGGUCAAAGAUGGCUUCAUCAUCAGGAAGCCUACCAAGAUCCACUCGCGAUCUCGUGCUCGACGUAUGAAUGAAGCAAAGCGAAAGGGUCGUCAUUCUGGAUAUGGUAAACGUAAGGGUACUAGGGAGGCUAGGUUGCCAACAAAGAUACUUUGGAUGAGGAGAAUGAGGGUGUUGAGGAGGUUGCUUCGCAAGUACCGUGAGUCCAAGAAGAUUGACAAGCAUAUGUAUCAUGAUAUGUAUAUGAAGGUGAAGGGUAAUGUCUUUAAGAAUAAGCGUGUGCUUAUGGAGAGUAUCCAUAAAUCGAAGGCUGAGAAGGCCCGUGAGAAGACACUGUCUGACCAGUUUGAAGCCAAGCGUGCCAAGAACAAGGCAAGCAGGGAAAGAAAGUUGGCACGCAGAGAGGAACGUUUGGCUAAGGGCCCACAAGAGAGAGCACCAGCAGCCGCAGCAGCUGCUCCUGCCCCUGCAGCUGCACAGGCACCUAAGAAAACCAAGAAGUGAGGUCUGUAUGUUGGAAAAUGAAGAAUAUGGCGAUGUUUCUAUUAGCCUUGCAGUCUAGUUUUUUGAUAAUGCUUCUUAUCAGUUUUAUUUAGAAACACUUCUGUUUAGAUGACUUCGAUACUCUUCUGCUUGUUUAAUGUCGGUUAAUACUAUUUUUAGUUUUUGUCGUA